CUAACUUUUGAUGGAGGAGAGCUUGUGUUGACAUUGUAACUGUUUGCUUUCAAAUGCUUAUGGUGGCAACAACGAAGGAUCUGUCAAUCAACCAACUUCCUAGAAAGAUCUAAAUAUCAGAAAACCAUGGGUUUACAAUAAUUAGCUAUAUAUAUUCAAAAGCAUGUGUCUGCAUAAUCUGCAGAAGAGUGACGCUUUAAAUGUAAAUUCUGGAGAACACGGCUUGUCACAACUAAGUUUUACAAAGUGGAAACAAAUAAUGACAGAGAACUAAACGAGUGCAAGUUUUAGGUGAGGAUUUUAAAAAUCACAUUCAUUUUGUUAGACAAAGUUGAGAAAUAGUGGUGAUACAUCAAAGAAAACUAAUUCAGAAAAGAAUCAAUCAUUCUGAAAAUGAUAGGCCGUGCAAAAGAGAUGCUGCUGAUCAUGCUGCUAGUUAAAAAUGUGUUUGCUUCAGGAAAUAAAACAAUAGAUUGCACCAAAUACGAUUAUAAAUACUUCGCUAUACCUGAUAUUCUCUCAAUGCUGAUAUGUUAUAACCACACAAAACAUAUUGUCAAUUGUCCUCCAAAGCAAUUGUAUGUUCCUGGAUACCCACAUUGCACGAGUGCCGAGAAAUACAAAAACAACCAAAACGAUUUGUGUUUGGCGCGAAAAAAGAAAUUGGGCAACAUUCAAAAUCCUUGGAACUGUCAUAGCUUCCUCACUUGCGUUCAUGGCAUUUCGACUGGGGAAAGACCUUGUCAGGAUAAAUCACUCGUUUACAACCCGUACAAAGACCAAUGCCAGUACUCUUAUCAGUACAAAUGUCAACAAGCAUAAUUUAGUUGAUUAUACAUCUGACUUGUAUUGUAAAUAUUUUGAGCCUUACUUUUUUAAAAGUUGUACAAUAUUAAAAAAAUAGUUUUAUUGUGUGUUUGGCUGUGGUAAACGUGCCAAUAGUAACUUUUGUAGUUCUGAAAAAAAUUUUAGUAAUGUGGUUUGACACACAGUAUCCACGAUACAAGUACAGCGAAGUUUUCAAAAAAGUUUUAUAGGAUAAAAAGUAUUUCCAGCCUUUAACGGAAUAUGGUAUUGCGCAUACAACGACCAAAACUAAUUGGUCCUGGAAAUUCAAAGUUACCAAAGCAAACACCCAGGUGAUUGUAUUUAUAACCUAAAGCGCUUCUCCACUGUUUUUAAAUUUGUCCGUUUUUUGGUGCAAACAGACAUAAUCUUUUCUCAACUACUACCAACCAUGCAAAAAAACGAGAGAAACCUUUUACAUUUAAUUAAGUUAAAUGGCUGAGCUUCUUCAUCGUUCGCGCAGAUGUCAUGCUGACAAGAUGACAGAAUGUCAUAAGUCAACUUUCAGGCUAAAGGCUUUGCUUAUUCUCAUUUUUUCACAUGAAUUACAAACGUAUUCCGCACAUAAAAAAUGUGUUCAUUCCAAUUCAGCGGAUUGUUCAAUUUUUAAGCCAAUAAAAAGGCAAUUUUUUUUUGGAAUUGCAGUGAUUGUGGUUUUUUUUUUCAAUGAGAUGAUUGAUUCAAAUUUGAUUUUUUAACUUAGUUGUGUGAUAGAUUUUAUUGCAGCACUACCUCGCACUGUCUGCGCUGUUGUCUAAUUCUUUUAUUGGUUUAUUUAUUUAUUUCAUAGCCCCAUAUACGCAAUUAAAACUAAGUAUGAUGAAAAUAGUUAUUACAAAUUUAAGUAUUUUGCUGAACAAAGUAAACUCAGGAGAAAUAGAACUCUUACAAAUUUGCUUUACUGUAAAUUUUAGCAGAUUCAGAUUGAUUUAAAUAGAAAUUUAUUUCAUAAUAGUUCUUAUAGUGAGUUUGGAACCUUUUCUACGUUAAAACAGGAUCGUUUAAA